AUGGGCGACAAACAAUCCGAGCCAGACACAGACUUCUACGGUGAUAAGCCACUUCCUCAUUCUAAUGGCAUCGGCCUCUCUGCCUCUGGGUUGUCCAAUGACCGCAGAAAACUGCUUGAUCUCAUCAAUCGUCUUCAUAGUACAGGCGUUCAGAUUGAUAUGGAUCUGCCCAUGAUAGCAGUCAUUGGUGUGCAAAGUGCCGGAAAGUCAUCUCUCAUCGAGGCUAUAUCUGGUGUUACUCUACCUCGUUCGUUGGGAACUUGCACCCGUUGUCCGACGGAAUGCAGGUUAUCACAAUCCAACCAACCAUGGAAAUGUGUGGUAUCUCUCCGUUUCAUCACUAAUGCGCUUGGCCAGCCCCUCGGUCAAGUCCGCAACGAGAACUUUGGAGAUACAAUUACAGAUAAAGCUGACGUUGAGGACCGAGUUCGAAGGGCACAACACGCGAUUCUUAACCCAGAUAAACUUGCAUCGACUUACCUCACAGGAACAUUGGCAUCAGAAGAGAGAGGAUUAUCCUUUUCUCAGAAUUGCGUCUGCCUAGCUAUCAGUGGUCCAGAGGUCGCGGAUUUGUCGUUCUGCGAUCUACCUGGCUUAAUUGCCACUGCUGGUCAGAGUGGAGAUGCUAGCGAUGUCGAGCUAAUCAGAACUCUUGUAUCUUCGUACAUCGAAAAGCCCAGUUGUGUCAUUCUUUCUACUGUCGCAUGUGAAACCGAUUUCGAGAUACAAGGUGCACAUGACCUAGCGAAAAAAUUGGAUCCUCAAGGAACACGCACAGUUGGUGUUCUUACGAAACCCGACCGCAUACCGCCAGGCGAAGAAUAUCGAUGGAUGGAAUUCAUCAAGGAUGAACGAGAACGCCUUAUAAAUGGAUGGUAUUGUGUGAAGCAGCCAGAUGCGAGAAGUCUAAAAGAUGGCCUUACAUGGGAAGGCGCGAGAAAGCGAGAAAACGAUUAUUUCAUGACGCAACCAUGGACCUCGCUUUCUCCGAUGUACCAAUCUCACCUGAGGACCAGCAACCUCACUGCUCGUCUAAGUGCUAUCCUGUCCGAACUAAUUGCAUCAAGAUUACCUGGGAUACACCAGGAGCUGUAUAACCUUAUCAAUGGAACAGAUGUUGAACUUCGUAAGCUUCCAAAAGCGCCAUCAGCGGAUGCUGCAGGAGAGGUCUUGGAAGUCGUCAAUGGCUUUACACGGGCGCUGUCUCGCCGGCUUGAAGGAACACCAGAUGAAGAUGGUUUAUUGCAAAAGAUACGACCUACACAAAAUAAGUUCAAACGAGCCAUACGCGCCACUGCUCCUGAAUUUUUCCCAUUUGGGAAAGGAGAAACAUCAGAGGUAUCGUCAGUUCCAGACUUUAUUGCUAACGAGGAGGACGACGAUUUGACCCCGAAUUCCAAACGUCCUGCCCAAAGCCCAUCUGAAUCUUCAGAAAAGACGAUUUAUGUCGAAGACGUACUUGCCCGUGCUCAAAAAGCACGCACUAGAGAAUUACCUGACAAUUAUCCCUUCGUGGUGCAAAAAGAGUAUAUCAUGCAAUGCAUAGAUCAAUGGCACAUCCCUGCUUUGUCAUUUUUUGAUUCUGUCUACGAGAUAUUAAAGGAAGAUCUCGAAAGUAUAGUGGGUGAGCAUUUUGGUAACUUGGGGCGGGGUGCCUUGCAACACUCUAUCUCGGUAACGGUCAAGGACCACCUUGAUUCCUGUGCUAAAAAGACUCGACAACACAUCGAAUGGCUUCUUGAGGUCGAGAAAUCGCCGAAUACCCUCAAUGUGCAUUAUUACUCCGAUUACAAGGAUAAAUUUUUGUCUUUCUAUAAAGGCCGUCGGAACGACCAGAGUCAUGGUAAUACUUUAGAGAACCUGAGAUCUUUCAGAUCUGUACAAGGCUUUCCAACAACUUUCGAAUCAGCUGUUAACAAAGCUAUAUCUGGGCUCAGUGAUAUGGGUAUCAGUGGUAUAAACCCGGCUGAUCUAGCCAAACUCCUUCCUGUAGACCCGAUGGAACCUGCCCUCGUUAUCAUGGCUGGCGUCCGAGCGUACUUCCAGGUAUCUUACAAACGUUUUGCGGAUAUAAUACCGAUGGCCGUGGAUCACGACCUCGUGCUAGGUUUGGAAAAGGGCAUUCAGAAAGCUAUCAUCGAAGACCUUCAACUCACGGGUCCAGAUGCCCAGGAGCGGUGUCGUUUACUACUCCAGGAACAAUCUAGCAUCAGAGUGCGGCGUGAGGAGCUGGAAAGGAAGAGGGAGAGACUGAAUACAGCUAAAGAAGAAAUCCGACAUCUAGGCUUCUGA